GCCAACAUGUUCCUCCUUCCCGUCCUCCUCCUCCUCAUCAUCUUCACCCUCACCCUCGCAGACGAGACCGACUGCAACCCGCUGAACAAGACCUGCCCGGCCGACGCCGCCCUCGGCACGGCGCACACCUGGUGGUUCAACAGCACGCUGGACAGCAGCCUCUGGAACAUGACCACCGGCACGCCGGAGUACACGUCGGAGGGGGCCAACUUCACGAUCCGCAGCGUGAACGGCUCGACGCUGCUGCAGUCGAACUUCUACAUCUUUUUCGGGGUAAUGGAGGCGCACGUCAAGAUGGCCGCGGGCGCGGGGAUCAUCAGCAGCGUGAUCCUGCAGUCGGACGACCUCGACGAGAUCGACUGGGAGUGGGUGGGCUACAACACCAGCGCGGUGCAGUCGGACUUCUUCGGCAAGGGCAACACCACCACCAGCGACCGCGGCGGGUUCCACGCCGUCGCCGACGCCGACACCCAGUUCCACAACUAUACCUCGUACUGGGACCGGGACCGGCUGGAGUGGUGGAUCGAUGGCCAGCUGGUGCGCACCGUCAACUACUCCGAGCCGCUGACGGUGUACGGCCGCAAUUACCCCCAGACGCCGUGUCGCGUCAAGGUGAGCGUGUGGCCGGCGGGGAUCCCGUCGGAGUCGAUCGGGAAUAUCGAGUGGGCGGGCGGGCUGGUGGAUUGGGAUGAUCUGCCGUUUACCAUGGUGGUGCAGCGGAUCCGCGUGCAGGACUUUCAUACGGGGAAGGAGUACGAGUAUACGGAUCGGUCGGGGUCGUAUGAGAGCAUCAAGGUGGUUAGUGGGAAUUCGACGGCGAAAGCGGAGAUCAACAAGACGCCCAAGAAGACUCUGGCGCAGAAGUGGGCGGAUCUUCCGACUGCCGCCCAUGUCGGGGUGUACUGUGCCGCCGCGGUGGUCGCUGCCGCGGCCGUGGCGGCGUUCGUGCUCUACUGCAUCCGGCAACGGCGCCAGGGUCGGCUGGAGCGGGCGCUGGCUGAAAGCCCUCAGAGUCCAGUCCAAUCGACCGAAAUGGAUACGUACAAGAAGCAGUGGCGGCAGAGCGAGUGGGGGCGACGGGGGUACCGGAAUGUCGAGCAGUGA